GGUAUUGUCGGUAAUAUUUGCAAAAUUGCAUACAUUUUACGUGGCUUGUUCAUGCACAAUCCCGAUAGAAUUGCACUUUUGGCACCUGGCGCUACAGUAUAUUACCGGGUGCUAUUGUUAGCACGUUGUAGAUCACAUAGAGAUUCCACACUGGAGCAACUGUCUGUUAAAACAGAUUUCCCCAUGUUAUCACAAUGUAGCCGUGCUGGCAUAAUAGCUGUUAGCAUGCUAGUGAUUAGCAUUGUUAGCAUUUUUCUUUUUGUUCGCGUACGAGGUUGAAAUUGUUGAAAAAGCGUAGCCCCAAAUUUCACCCAGUUGGAUCAUAAACACCGAGAUAGAAGUUAGCAACAGGUAGCUGAUAGAAUUCCCGCGGGGGUUAUUUUAGUUGCUGGUUGCUUAAAGUACUAACCCAAGGAGCAGGGCCACAGAGGUGGGGGUGUUGGGAGGCGAGGUGACUGCAGCAUAAUUAAAGAUGGCGGACUCGGAGGACUUUCAACUCAAACGAUUAAAGUGAGUCUUUGUGGAUGCUGACUGGCCACCCCCAUUUCCUGCAUCUUGCCUUUUAUGUCAUUGCUGCCUUCGGACCACCAUAUUUUGACCUUGACAUUUUUCAAAUCCUGGUUACUGCCCUGAGUGUAGGCGCUAAAUCCGAGAGACUGCUUUUCUGGCAUAGUGACACAGGGCCUUGCUCACAGCGCCCACGACUGAGUGGUAACGCUAGCUACUGGAACUGCUGUGGAAUCGCCUUGAGUUUAGAAAACUUUAUGCUAGAUUGUAAGUCAUGCCUCGCACAUGUGUAGUAGGAGGUUGUGGCAAAAAGCCGAAAAAUUGGUCAACUUUGAAAUUCCACGGGCUACCAACUAAAUAUCCGGACCGACUGAAGCAGUGGAUACUGGCUCUCACCUUAGACCCGAUGACAUCGCGAGGAAGACUCGGCAAGAUCUUGGUUUGCUCGCAGCAUUUUUUACCUGAGGACUAUGUUGAAUUUACCAGCUCAGCGGGGAACACAAGUCUUGUGCUGAAAGAUACAGCCAUCCCAUCAGUCGACAUCCCACUGAGAGCAAACAUUCAUCAGCAGCACCUAUCCAGGGUGUUCGAUGAGGUGAUGGGUUUAGGAGACUUUGCUGACUCCUCCCGAGGCUCCAACACCUCCUCAAAGAGUGGGGGUCCGGAGGAAGCAAAGGCAGUGAAUGAAGUUUCGAGGCAGGAGGAACAACCGCCAGAACAGGAUAGCAGCAACAGUAGCAGCAGGCAAGAUGAAAAGAUGAAUGAACAACGUUCCCCAUUUACCAUUGGACCAAGUGAAGGAGGAGGAAGUGGAGAGGCAGCGUUUGAUGAUGCAUUAGAUGGCCUUCCUUCAUUUGGGCCAGAAGAAGAGGAGGAGGAAGAGGAGGAGGAGGACUGGCACUUUUCCUUGCCAACUGAGACACUGGAGGAUGUGGACAACGACAAAGCAAAGUGCAAAAAUAACGAAACAAGAGAAGAAAGCAACCAAGUUCAGGAAGAUCCUUCUCCUCCAAAGCCCAGAAAAGAGGCACUAGAGAAGGAAGCGACCAGUAGCUCUGCACACACCUCCCACUCUUCUAAGGAUAACACACCUGAGAGCAGCCGAGAUGCAGGAGUCCUGAAUCAGAGGGAAGAAACGGAAGACAGUCAGCAGGGAGAGCAGUCCAAGCCUCCACCCGUGGAGGACCGCAACCAGCCGAUGUCUCCCAAUAUCGCAGUUAAAGAUGAGCCCAUUGACGAGGGAUACGAUGCUGCUUUAUUGCCUCAGAGCUCUGUUAGACAGAUCAAAGAAGAACUGGAGCAUCAGGAGGAAGAGCUUAGGAUCAGUUCAGUUUACUCUGUUGGUGGCGGGAACACACUUGUGCCCCCUGUGGUCCAUCAAGUGGCGGCUCCUCCUCCGCAACAAACAGCCAUUUUUAUUCAGGGUAGAAGUGCUGUUCUCCAAGCAAUGGCUCCCCUUCCUGUCAGACCUCCAGCUCCUGUUACGACUUCUCCUUUAGUUUUAGCAGCACUGCCCCCUCGACCGCCUGCGCCAGCCAUUGUUGGUAGUGUACGCUGCAGUGGCUGCUUUAAGGUUUUGCUAAAAGGUCAAACAGCAUUCCAAAGAAAAGGCUCGACACAACUCUUUUGUUCCACGAUUUGUCUGACAGGCCAUCUGCCUCCAGCCAACAAGAACCAAACCUGUUCUCUAUGCAACAGCGAGAUCCUUCGGGCUCGGGACACAAUUACAAUUCCGGCUGAAGACAACACCUACUUGCACUUUUGCAGCCAGCACUGUUUGUCAAUUUACAGACACAGGGCAAAAAAAAAUGAAAAGGUUCCUGAAAAAUUGGUGGACAAACAGCCAGAAAAGCGGCCUGAGAAGCCACAAGAGAAGGCUGCUGAGCGACCGACGGAAACUCUUGUUUGUAGUGUGUGCAGAAUAACCAACAAGAUUGAGCAUGAGGUCAGCCAUCAGGGUCGUCUGCACAGACUCUGCAGUGAUGCCUGUUUUGUAACAUGGCGAAAGAUGCGACAGUUAGCCAUGAACUGCUGCGAAGGUUGUGGACUUUAUUGUAGUAGCAGCGGGGGCUCCUGUCAUACACUUAAAAUUGAUAAAUCUGAGCUCAACUUCUGCGGUCCGACCUGCAUUGGCACUUACAAGCAGUCUUGCAGAAAGUCGAUUGUGUGUGCCCAUUGUCACAAGCCCGCAAUAGUGUCCACGAGCAUAAUGGAGCGAGACGACAAGGGGAAAGUUCAGCUUUACUGUUCACCUGUUUGUGUGCAAAUGAGCCGACCACCGCUCCACACCUUAACCGGGGCUGCAUUCCCAUGCUGUCUGUGCAAGUCCGUAGCGGUUCCUCAGUAUCACCUGGCAAUGGUGGAUGGUACUAUAAGGAACUUCUGCUCCUAUGAAUGUGUUUCGACUUUCAGGAAAUCAGGCUAUACACAGUUGGAUCUGAUGAAUGGAAAAUCCUCUCCCAGGGAUGCGUCAAGAUUAGGGCCAUCCUCCAGAGGUAGUUCAGUCCCUCCCAUUCCUCAGGACUGCUCAUCUUCUGCCCCCUACCCCAGCCACCAUGGCAGUAACAGUUCAGUGCCCCCGUUGGUUCCACCAUCACUAGCCAUGACUUCUACUUCUAUACCUGGGCAAGCCCACCCCAGAACGCCCCCCUCUCAGCCUCUGAGAGCCGGGGAGGGUGGAAACAGCGAGAGUCCUAAAGUGACAUGCCAUCAGUGCACCAAACAGUUCAACAUUAAACCGCUGCUCUUCGGCCACCAAGGUCGGAUUUCUGUGUUUUGCUCUAUGGCGUGCUGUGAGCUCUAUAAAAUACAAAAAAAUAUCCAAGCUUUGUGUGAAUUUUGUAAAAAAGACCAGGUGCCCUUUGACACAAUUCACUACAACGGGAGAGACAUUUUCUUCUGCAGUAAAACCUGUAAACUAAACUUCAAAGUUGGCCUGACAUCUCGUGACAAGGAUCCUCCCUGCCGUCCCUGCAGCUAUUGCUACAGCAUUAGCCAAAAGAUGCUGCAUAGCCAUUAUGGAGGCAAGCUGGAAGAGUUCUGCAAACCUCACUGCAUGUCCCAGUACACUGUACUCUACUAUGGGAUGGGCCGAUGCGACAAUUGUAGGAAACAGGGCUAUUUGAAUGAGAAGCUGCAGUAUAUGGGCUCAGUACGUAACUUCUGCAACCUGACCUGCUUGCUUGAGUACUGCUCCAUGCAUUUUGAAUUGAACCCACACACUCCCAGUAAUGGCACUGGAGCAGAACCACAAACACCACAUGCUCCAGCUCAGCCUCACUUCUCUUCUAAAACCAACCCUGUAAUAGCUGAUGUUGUGUCACUAGCAAAUGGCUCCGCCAGUCAACCCAGUGUGUCAUCGGAUGUUGCUAUGACCGGAGGACUUCCAAACUCCAAUGCAGACAGCAAGAUUAUUGAUCAUGCCAGUACUCAGACUGAUGCUAUGCGUCCUCUCCCAACUUGUCGACGUCAAAUGAAAAAUAAGUCUGUUCUUUGUCGGCCAUUCACAAUGGAUCAAGAGAGUUUAUGCCUCCUCCUCCAAACCUCUGUGGAUUCUGCAGCAGAUGAUGUCCACGAUACAGAAAAAGCUGUUAAAAAGAUGAAAACAGACCAAGAAACAGCUCCAUCACCACCCUCAGCAAGCCCCUCCACAGAGGAAAAAGUGAAGGUCUUAAUGGUGCCAGUUCCAGUGCCGGUUUUCAUCCCAGUACCUCUGAACAUGUACUCCCAGCACACACCUGUUCCAAUGGCUAUGCCCAUAACUGUUCCAGUGCCCAUUGUCAUACCACCCCAGCACAAGGAUAUGACCGAUGCAACAACCCAAUCAGAUCCUUUGGCUGAGGCAACUGAAAAACAGAAUCAUUCUGACGUCUCAAUGGAACAGGAGGAUUCAAUUUCGCAGAGUAAAGAUGUGACCGAUGUAGCAGUCCUGUCAGAUCCUUUGGAAGAGGACCCGGUUUGUGUUGCGACCUCGUUACGGAUAAAAGAUGUAAACAAAACUGGUGUCCAAUCAGAUCCUUUGGAUGAGAAUAGAAAAAAGCUGAAUGAUUUAGAGGCCUCCAGAGAACAAGAAGUGCUACCACAGAGUAAAGAUGAUGAAGAUGCAGCUGUUCAAUCAGAUUCCAUGCACGUGCUGAUGGAAAAGCGCAAGGAUUUAGACGACUCCAGAAAACAUAAAGUCACAUCCCAGGUUCCCGUACCCAUUUUUGUAUCGCCACCGCAAAAAUAUGUGACGGAUGCUUUGGAUACUUGUGAAAAGCAGAAAGAGUUGGAUGAAGCCAGGGAAGAGCAGUGUGAAAGUACAUCAGAGAUUAUUUCUCCAACAAUCAACCAAGAUGAGGAGCGUCCAAACACAACACAAGCCCAACUUUCGUCUUCAACGAAGGACGCAGAGGCGAGUAGUUCCCCUCCUAAAAGCAGAUCGAAGGCUAAGCCGACAAGAAGUGCUGCAGACAUUGUCCCUGCUGAACAGCCUCCUCCCUCUCCAAUGGCGGAUUUGGAGUAUGACUUCCCAAUGGAAUUGUUUGAUCCGAUACCCACAACUCCACAGAGGGGCGUGAAAAGAGCCAGAGAAGGUUCCACAGGUCGAAAGCGGGGACGAAGGCGACCUAUCUCGUUAGACCCCAGUGCACUGGUGACUGCAGCCAGCUUUAAAUUGAACCACAUGUACGGCGUCAAAGCCUGGAGGAGUUGGGUUCAGAAUCACAAGCAAUCUAAAAAAUCCAGUCCAGUGGUUGUUAAAGAGGAGAUUCUUCAUUGUGAUUCUGCUGAGCUUAGCUAUGCUCUGUCUCGUUUUAUUAAAGAAGUGCGUAGGCCAAACAGAGAGGCCUAUAGCCCAGACAGCAUUUUCUACCUUUGCCUGGGGAUACAGCAGUAUCUGUUCAUGAAGGGCCGCAUCGAGAACAUCUUCACCGACGAGCUGUACACUCAGUUUGCCACUGAAAUCUCUGGAAUGCUGCGACUCUGGAAACCGAAACCACUGCCCAACGGUGGCCAUGUGUCGUCUCGUGUUCAGGAGUCCUUCCUGUGGGAGUGUAAGCAAUUGGGCGCCUACUCCCCCAUUGUGUUGCUCAACACACUGCUCUUUUUCUACACAAAGAACUUCCAUUUCACCACAUUGGCGCAGCACCAAAACCUCUCCUUUGCCAACUUCAGUUUGUACACAAAACCCUGCAGUCGAGCCGGCAAAGUCAUCUACCUCAAAUACCAACGAAGCUCUGCUGCUUCUUCUAGCCGUGGAGAACCAGAGCGACAGAAAAAAAAGCAAGAAGAGGACGAUGGUACCAUGGAAAUGGCAGAAAAUGUUACCAAUCCUCUGCACUGUCCUGUCAGACUCUACGAGUUCUAUCUCUCAAGAUGCCCAGCCACAGCACAGAAGAGGAAUGACAUGUUUUACCUUCAACCAGAACGCAACGUCCAUACACAUAGUCCCCACUGGUAUACUUCUCAUCCAUUGCAUCACACCAUUCUGCAAAGCAUGCUCACUCGCAUCUUGGCGGUCAAAGAGGUUCAGCGGUAACAGGAUCAGGACCAGGAUCCACCAAUCCCAGUUUACAGCAAGAUGCCUCUUUUCAUAACAGGACAAAAGUAGACACAUCUUGGCUUGAUGUGAAGAAGCAGCCACACUGUCAAAGGUAGGACAUGGAGACAUGUUGCCAAGAAAACAAUUUAUGGGAAGUCUUUGUUGGCUUACCAUCUCCCACAAAUGCAUCAUGAGCACAUCUGCUACUAUUUGAUAUGAAAACGGACUGAUCUCAUUUCCUGUUUCCCAUCAACGUCACACCAAUUAGUCUCUCUCAUGACGUUUUCCAUGCAUCACACUGUGCUCUCCUGCUCUUGUGGUGGUCUUUGAACGCAUCCGCAGUAUGCUUUUUUUUUUUAGGUUAGUUCGGUUGCUUUUGGACUUUUAAAGCUGCCACCGGAUGAUGUCCCUGUUUAAAGCAGUUUCUAAACAUAUGUCACAUGAACAUGUAAUUUAGGAACAGGGCUUUUUCAUAUUGUCAACAAAACUGGGUAAAAAAAAAAAAGUUGUUUCUGUAGUUGUUCAGCUCCUAGCUUAUUUAUUCCUGAACAAUCUUUUUAAUAUGUAUGUUUAUAAACAAGUACUUUUAUAAUUGUUCGAGAGCAAGUACUUUUAAGAUCAUGUUCUCAAUUCUCAGUGUUUCCACUUAUUUGAUAAGCAUUUCUAGUCUUAGAGUACACAUUUUUAGCCCAAAAGACAUUUAAUUUCAAUCAAUCAAUCAAUCAAUGUUUAUUUAUAUAGCCCUAAAUCACAAGUGUCUCAAAGGGCUGCACAAGCCUCAAAGACAAUUUCAGACCGAUACAGGUACACAGCUGUGAUUUGGGGAUUAUUGCUGUGUAUUGGCCACAUAAUAAUUCAGAUGUUCAGAUCAGGGAUUUAUGUUGCCGAUUCCGAUACCAAUCAUCCAUGAGUGAGAUCGGCCGAUACCAAUACCGAUUACAUGUAUGAACCGUACAUUUUUCAAUUUAUUUGUUUUGAGUGAUAUUUACAGUUUAACGAAAUCAACACAAUGUUUAAACUACUGUUAGUUUAUUUUCUUUCAUUAUUUAGAAUUAUUUGAGCAAUACAAAGUCAUUUGUACACAAUAGCUAAACAAAAUAAAAAAUCUAUUACUAAUUGAUAUUGUUUUUUCCCCCUGUGAGCAGGCAAUUAUUUUCUGAAUUUGUAAACCUUAACAAAAAAAUAUUUUGAGGAAUAAAUAUCGAUCUAAUCAUUCUAGUAUCGAUUAUAUACUAAUAACACCACCAAUAGGUGGUGGUCGGAGGGGCCGUAGGCGCAAAUUGGCAGCCACGCUUCCGUCAGUCUACCCCAGGGCAGCUGUGGCUACGAAAGUAGCUUACCACCACCAGGUGUGAAUGAAUGAUGGGUUUUUAACAUGUAAAGCGACUUUGGGUACUUAGAAAAGCGCUAUAUAAAUCCCAGGUAUUAUUAUUACCAAUUUAUGGAUCAAUCCGCGCUAUUACUCUACUUCUGGCUGUGACAAUGCUGACACACCAACAGUUGAUUAAAGUUUACAGUCUCCAGACCAGGGAUGCCUCCACUUUUUCAGCAGGUGAGCAACUUAUCAAAUGACCAAGUCGAGGUGAUAUACCUGUGUGUGUGUGUGUGUGUGUGUGUGUGUGUGUGUGUGUGUGUGUGUGUGUGUGUGUGUGUGUGUGUGUGUGUGUGUGUGUGUGUGUGUGUGUGUGUGUGUGUGUGUGUGUGUGUGUGUGUGUGUGUGUGUGUGUGUGUGUGUGUGUGUGUAUAUAUAUUUAUAUACACAUGCAUACAUACAAUUCUGUGUG